UAGAAAGAUAUGGACAUCUUCCAUUGGUAUCUACUUCAGCUUCUAAUCCUCUGCAUUUCUCUUUCCUUCAUCUACCGCAUUUACAGACGCAAACCCAUUUCCCUCAAGCUUCCACCAGGCAGAAAAGGAUGGCCUAUCAUAGGUGAAGCUUUGGAAUAUGCCAUGGCCAACAAAAAUGGCACUUCAGAGAAAUUCAUAACCGAUAGAAUGAGAAAGUACUCCCCACAAGUGUUCAGAACCUCCUUUUUUGGAGAGAACUUUGCUGUCUUUUGUGGUGCCUCUGGGAACAAGUUCUUGUUUACAAGUGAGAACAAGCAUGUCAUCGCAUGGAUGCCGCGCUCAAUAUUGAAAAUUUUUCUUUUUCCCACCGAUGUUGAAUUUUCUGUCAAAGUAGAGAUAGCCAAAAUACAUGCCCUUCGCCCUCAGUUUCUCAAUCCAGAAGCUCUGCAACGUUACAUACCCAUCAUGGAUUCCAUGUCAAAACAACACUUGGAGACAGAUUGGUCCCCUUGUAAACAAGUGAAGGUUUUCCCAAUGUUAAAGAACUACUCCUUCGAAGUGGCUUGCCGGCUGUUCAUGAAUAUCAAAGACCACGACCAAGUAACCAGAUUUGCAUAUCCCUUCAGUCUUGUUUCUGCUGGCCUCUUCUCCAUUCCUAUAAAUCUUCCGGGCACAGCUUUCAGUCGUGCAGUGAGUGCAGGCAAACUCAUUCGUGAGGAGCUUUUGGGCAUCAUUAGAAAGCGAAAAAUGGAGCUCUUAGAGAAUAUUGGAUCUUCACAAGUAGACUUGUUGAGUCGCCUGCUCCUUGUAAGGGAUGAGAAUGGCAGAGGAAUGGAGGAGAAGGAGAUCGCUCAUAUGAUUUUAGGUUUCUUCAUCGGCAGCUAUAUGACGGUAGGUGCUACCAUUACAGUCGUCCUGAAUUAUCUGGCGGAGUUUCCCCAAGUAUAUAGCAAGGUCUUAAAAGAACAAAUGCAGAUUGCAAAGUCCAAAGGUGAGGGUGAGUUGUUGAAUUGGGAAGACAUUCAGAAUAUGAAGUAUUCUUGGAAUGUGGCAUGUGAAGCAAUGAGGUUAGCACCACCUGCUCUCGGAGCAUUCGGAGAGGUCAUAGCUGACUUUAGUUAUGCAGGUUUUACAAUUCCAAAGGGAUGGAAGACAUACUGGACAGUAAGUUCAACACACAAAAAUCCAGAAUAUUUUCCUGAUCCUGAGAAGUUCGAUCCUUCAAGAUUUGAAGGGAGGGGGCCUGCACCAUACACUUUUGUACCAUUUGGAGGAGGACCUCGACUGUGCCCUGGAAAGGAAUAUGCACGAGUAGAAAUUCUCACUUUCAUGCAUAAUGUGGUGACCAAAUUCAAAUUGGAGAAAGUAAAUCCGAAUGAAAAGUUUAUAUACAAUUACAAUCUGUCACCUAUUCCAGAGAAUGGUCUUCUGGUUCACUUACACCCUUUCAAUAAUUAGUGUCAAGAGUUGGUGUCUCAACCAUGGUUAAUAAACCCUUAUUCCAGAAUCUGUCACAUCUAAUAAGAGAACACCAUGUUACGGUCCUUUAAGAUGGUCUUCAAAUCUCUUAAUAGUUUAUUUUAUAUAGAUUUGUCUUUAUUUCUAUAUUAGUCUUUAUUUUCAUGUAAGACUCUUGAUGACUCAGCCUAGUU